AUGGAGAAGUCCGAGAGGAAGCGGCGGUCUAGGAGGCAUCGGGCAACGGCGGAGCAACUUUGUGAAUCAACUCAGCUACGUGACAGAUAUAACUCCGCUGUUGCGCAUCGGCCGAUUGCUUUAACUGGUGGCGCUGGAGAAGUCGGACAGACUCUAACUCAGUUAUUAAGACAUAAUGCAAAACUGAAUACUCUUGCAUUAUACGACGUGGCGGUUAAUAGAAGUUUGCCAAAUUACAAUUUCCAUGAUGAGGAGGCAUUCAAACCUAUCCCAUCAGGAAUGCUAACAAUCACGGAGAAAUCUUAUCCGGACGAAGGUAGUCAUUCAAAUGCAGCAAUUAACACGAGGCAAACAGACAAUAAUAAUCAUCAAGAAAAUAAUGGAAGAAGUCAGAUAGAGAAGCUUGUGGAAGCUCUUUAUCGUUUGCCAAUAGCUGAAGAAGCUUCGGCACUUAACAAUUCAUUGAUACCCGUCGAGGAAAUAAUGCCGAAGGCGGGCAAUGCGUGCGGCAGGAUGCGUCCUUACACCAGAAUCUUGGGUGAGAAGGAUUCCAGCAACGUAAAAAUCUGGCAAAGAGGUUACGCCACCGUCGCGAUUCGCAAAUGCUUCUCCCACUUGAUGUAUCCGUCGUUUCGGGAGUACUACCUAAACUUCGCUCCAGAAGUGAAAAUGUCGAAGAAGCAUCGAUCGAUUAAGGAAACGAGAAAAAUCAGACAUUCAUCCUGCAGCGCGCUCGCUGCGAAAGAAAAUAAUCGUCAAUCGUGGCCGACGUCUUUGUUGAAUCGUGGCCAAAAGCCGGCAAGAAGAUUGAUGAUGAAAUUUGGAAAUGUCGGCGUGCCUCCAAAUGUAGAGGCAUACUGCAGAGCAGUGGAGAAAUUGACCGAUCGGAUAAUACCAGAAGUAUUAUCGAAUAAUAAACUGAGAUUAUUACACAAGAUUUACAGUCGCGCUAAAUUUCCUUCGUCCUUGUCGAAUUUCGUAAAUCACGAGCGUGAAAAUAAUCGCGAAGUAGUUUCAUUCAAUUGUGAGGGCAAAACAAUGACGCACGAUACGUUAAAUGUCGUUGAACAGGAAAAUUGGAUUCAGCAAACAUGUUCGAAAAUCAAAUCCAUACUCCCAGACCUGCACGCCAAAAUCCGAUUGCACUCGACAAUCGCAUUGGAUUCGUAUUGUUCGGAAAAUAUUUUUGCGGUGAACCACGCGAUUUCGUUCUCCGACAUAAUUUCUAACAGCGCCAUUCACUUUGCAUCAAAAGAUUGCGAGGAUGAUAAACCAAAGAUCGACAUUCGGAAAAAGAUACAGGAGUUUUGCAUGCAGCGGAAAAGAACUCUAAAAAAGAAUAGAGACAAGAAUGAUAUUUGUAAGAAAAGAGAGAAAUGUGAAACGAAAAGGAAAUGUUCGAAGAGAGAACAGAUAUGCGAGAGAAGGAGAAUUGAUUGUUCCGAGAGCAGAAAACGAACAGACAAGAGACAAGACGUAGUUCCUUGCAAAGAGAGAAAGAGGUCUUGCGAUAAAAAAAGUGUCCGCGAUUGCCAUAAAACUCGCGAGCGAAAGAUGAAGGUCCAAGAAGAACCGUGUAAACAGGUAAAAAAGGAUGAUAUUUCUAGAGUAGAAGAAGAUCCUUACCGUGGACAACGUCCCAUGAAGCAAGAAGAAACUUUAUAUAAACUGCAUGACACAAGUCCAUGUAGGUCAGAGAAGAAAGAAGAAAUAAAGGAGAAAGAAGAAAUUAAAAAGCCUGAUUGUACAGAGAUUAAAAAAGUUGAUCCAUGUGAGAAAAAAACGUGUCCGACUGUAAAAAAAGCUCCAGAGUGUUCUGACGACAAGCUACAAGCAAAAGAAGAAGAUUUGACUGCCAGACUUCGAGAAUCUGGAAUAAGCGAAAGAAGAGAGAGAUCAAGUUCGCCGAUGAAAUCUGCGGUAGAAAUAACCGACAGUGGAAAACCGAUUGAUUCCAAUGAGAUCCAAAUCAACAAAGAUUCUUUAUCGAUCAUCAAUUCACGUCGACAGUUUAUGGAAAUUAAUUUUGUCAAAGAUUUCCAGCAAGAUCUCAAUUCGGCAACUGAUUAUAAGGAACGUUCCGACUUUUCUUUUCCGCGUGAGCACUUUGUCACUGGUCUUUGCCGUUGUAGCGAGUGUGGGUUAGACGAAUCAAAGUUGUCGCAGGACAGACAAGGCAACGACGACUACUUCCCUCAAGGUGAUGAAUACGAAGAGGAGAUCGGUAUAGAUGACCAUCAAUUGGGCAAGAAAACGCCUAGCAAAAAAUCACCGCGUCUCGAGGACGAGCACGACAAUGUUGAGGCAACAAUGUUGACAUUGAAAAAUGAUAAAUGUAUCAACGGAGGUCCAUUAACGAGAUUUAACUCGUAUGUGCAUUUUUCAAGCAUUGAAGAACUAAUAGUGGCUGAUCGAAAAAUGCUGUUGUCAAAGAAAGUUUCCAACAAGGACGCUGCCGAAAAAUUGCAAACUCUGAUCGAAAAAGAGGGAGGUGGGCCGAGAGCGCUGGUUGAGACUACCGCGACAUUAUUGAGGAAACGCAGCAAAAUCCUUCACGAUUUAAUACGUAAAAACCAGCAGGCAAUUAGUGGCAGAGUAUUGCGGCUAGGUGAGCCAGACUGUGGCGAGGACUCACCUGGUCAACCAGAAGGGAAUCCGUGCGAACCACCCAAAGGCCCCUGUCAGCCCGUCGUACCACCGGGCCAUCCCUCCAAGCCCAAACCCAAAAGAAAGCCAUUCUGCGCUGCUAAGAAAUUCGAACAAGUGGAAACUUCCCUGAAGAGUUUAUCGAGAACUUCUGUAGUAACGCCAGAGGAAUGUUCUAGUUUGAAAAACCGACACAACUUGAGACCCAUCUUUGGAACAGGAAGAUUAGAGCUUUAUCGAUGCAAUUGUAAAUUCCAUUCAACAGAUAUACUCGACUCAGAAUUGAUUUGUACAAGAGAUUUUAGUUCCUUCGAGAAUAAGCCCAGGAACAUAAUCUUAAGGCAUAAAGCGUUCGGUUGGAUUCACGAACAAUCAAGAAAACAAUGUUUAAAGCGUUCGUUAAUGGCGAAAUCGUCAUCCCCACCUUCUUAUCUAUCGUUGGAAACACAUUCAUUCAUUGAGAAAUAUUUUCUACCAUCGUUGCCUUGUCAUCACGAAUCAAUCAGUUUGCUACGUUUCGUUUUAUAUCCAAAACCAAACGAGAAGCCGUCGUUUUUAAAGAUCUGUAGUGAGAAGAGUUUACAAUCUCUACAACAUUCGAAGAGCUUAAAAUCAUCAGCACCGUCUUCUAAGUAUCUGUUAAAACGGAAACUUUCAUCUCCAGAACUUUGCAAACAAUAUUUUUCAUCACGUCCUCUCUUUUAUUCAUCUUACCCACAUUUACUUUCGCAAGAUGUUACCGAAAGCAUUCAGAGGCUUCCAAAAUCACAACGGAACAAUUAUCCGAUUUCCCUUCAUAGAGUUCACCGGCGAGGAUUUCACAGCUCUUUGUUCCCACUUGCUAAAUCAGAUUCUAGCAAGCCUUCCACUUGCAAGACGAUGGAUAAAAUUUGCAAACCGACCGAGGCGAAGAAGACUGACGAGAGUGGCCAAGCUUGCAAGGAAAAGAGCGACGUGUGUCGCCAAGAGAAAGUCAAGUGCGAUAAGUCGCAGCAAAACAAGGAGAAAGCGAGACAAAAACCCAAAAAGAUGGACCCUGCGUGUAGGAAGACUUGCCUGCCAAUAGGCAAGUGUGAGCUGCCCCGAACUGUUCCACCACCGAAGAUGGAGUACGCGAAGGUGACGUGCUCUCCGCCGAAGUUUACGAAGCCUAAACCGUGUCCACCACUGCCGGAACAUUUCGAGAAGGAUGACAGAUCUCACACAGAGAUUAAAUACAACGUACGAAACAAGCAAGUUUGUGCUCCGUCUCCAUUGCCGAAGCCACCGUAUCCACCUAUCGUACUUUGUCCCUGUCCACCACCCCACAAAGUACAUCCUGGACCGUGUCCAUGCUACGAGAUGAAGGAGAUCGGUAAGCGACCCUCCGUGCGGCCGUGUCAGUUGAAGAAGAAAUAUCCCUGUCCCACGUCAGUGCACUAUUGUCAUCUGCAGAAAAAGCCCUGCAAUCUAAAUCUAAAACGGGAGACUGACUGCAAACGUAGGAAGAAAGAGGAGGCGGCAUCUUGA